UUUCAGAAGUUUAUCUUCCAUCAAAUGUGCCCAUCUACACAAAAUAAACGUUCAAAAAUAUUGGGUCGUUUGAUGAGCGCAUUCUUGAGAUCAUCAAGAUUCGCGCCACCACUCAGGUCUAGAACUUGCUGACAACUUUUCCUCAAGUUACAGAAUGGAUAACUCCACAAUUAUCUUUGUUGCUACGCUAGCCAUAGUUCUUGUCAUUUUGCGCUGGUUCAUUACGCCAAUUCCCCAGUCUGUACCUGAUGAGUUUAAUAUUCCUGAUCCUGCUCGCUCUUCAGUAGCAUCAGGUACCGGCCGGCACCGUCGGCAAGUAACAGAAUCGAUGAUUGAAGUAGUGCAAGCUAUUGGGCCUCAAUUGAGUAUCUCACAAAUCAGACACAGUUUGGAAAAUACAGGCUCUGUCGAGGCUACAAUUGAAAUAUUGAUGGAAUCUGGAAACUUACCUUUUCCUCCUGGUGAGAAUUUCGAUACUUCGACCUCGGCAACCAGUGAUCAUUCUGACGUACAAACGAGGUGCACAAAAUCUUUAUUGGAAAAGUAUGAAGUAGAAGGUGAGCCAAGAAAAAGUUUUGCGACUGCUGGAAAAUGGGGGAAGGACGAGAAUGAGCGCCUCAGUCUCUUACGUAGUCGAAAGGCCGAAUUAAUUUUGAGGGCCAGAGAAAAUAUGAAAGCGACUAUUUGUAAAGAGGAGUGAAUAUUUGGUGAUAAAGACUCGAUAUUGGAGAGCCCUUUUUAUAAAGCAAUGUAAAGAGUAUUUGUGAUUCAUAUUCUUGAUUCUUGUAGGUCACGUUGCUUUCUUAUCUAUAAUAACUCGAAGGGCAGAGAGCCAGACCCCAUUUUUAUUGCUGAGAAAACAAAUAAUUGAAGUCGGAAGAGAAUGAAUAAUCUAAUAACUAUGGUAAUUCUACCUUUUUUACUAAAGUUGGCAUCACCCGCUUUUUCUUAGAAGGACCCAAUGGUUCAACGCCUUCAUUUUGAAACCCAAGACCCU